GUUGCUGGGUUAGCUACGCCCCUUUUUGUGCACAAAAGUUUCGACUUGAGCAAGCCAGAGCGAUGUCGUCCAUGCACGAUGGAGAGGAGUUUGGUAAAGCCAUCAACGGGAUAAGUGCCGGUCGGCUGGCAUCAUCCCGACAUAUGAAGCCAACUCCUGUGACCGUGUCGGGUAUCUCGUUUGUGUCCACCCUAUGGAUCAUUUUCACUAUUCUGGUCCUCUGCGGUCUAGUGAUCGUUGCUGCCUUCCCUCGUUGGGUUCAUAACGAUGUUAACACACCUGAAAAGCGCCGGGAGCUCGACAAUUUAGUAUAUAAGGUGGACUUCGGUCUCUACCACUUUUGCUACGAGUUGACCACGUCCCUGGUUCAAGGCACUAACAACGCCUCCUUUGAGGAGUGUACUACUUAUCACCAGUAUAGCCCACAGGCGACUUUGGGCGGAAUAUCCACUAACCUGGAGAAUGCUGAUUUAGAAGAUAUUGCUUUUCUCUUUUCAGCGAGCAUCUUGUAUGCGUUUGCAUUCUUGAUGCUCCUCUUAUCACUUAUAUGGGGGGUGACUGCCUAUCUGAAGCCAAAGGUUAAAGGGACAUCGAUGUUUGCAGUUGCUUUUGUGUUUCAAGUGAUUGGAGGAGUUGCACUUGUGAUAUCACUUGCCCUUCUGCCUGUCAGUUUAGAAUCCAAGUUUAUGUCACAGUUCUGUGGGCCUGAGGCAUCUUACUACUAUCGUGGCAUGUGCACUGUUGACUGGGGCCUGUACGUUGCAAUGGUGAUCACCGCCUGUGCACUUUACCUCCCGUCUCUUGCCAUAUUUGCCAUGAACAUUUCCGAUGGUUUACGUGCCAAUGUUUGUUGCUAAAACUGACUAUUCCAGCACAUUUUGUAGCUCUUUUCAUUAUAACCGUAUCUCUUUUAUCCUGUGAUAUUAUCCAUUAACCCUGUAGUCUUGAGCCAGAGCAUUAUGUUCAUCUUUUUUGAGUUAUGUAAGAAAACACAGUAACUUUUCAACAGCUGUAUGGUGCUAUAUAGUGGCAAAUUUUACAUGACUUAUACAUGUUGUGCACAUACAUGAUAUGAAGUGAUGGUGAGAAAGGUUGCAAAAAUUUGUGUUGGAAAUAAUAAUCACAAGGAGUGGGUAAUAUAACAAGGAGGUGAUGAGACAUACAAUGACAGAUGACAAUUUCUGUGGUAACUAUCGGCAACCACAAGUUUUUGCUUUGAUAGGGAAGUUAACUAAGAAAUAAGACUGUACUUUCUUGUCAUGGAUGAGGACCUUUACAGGAUCAAGGGCUACUGCCAUGCAUGAUACUCUAUACUGUAGGUUUGGAAUCGGCGAUUGGUUUCUCAGUCUGUCCUUGAGUAUUGCUCUUUGAGAAAACAGCCCUCGGGAAUGGGCAAUAUCACACUCGCCUAAACAUGCACCUAUAUCAACUGGCUCAGUUGGAGAAGCAACCCAUUCCCCAAGAGCUUCUUGGAGUCUCACUUUUAAUUGUGUGAGAGAGCAGCCUUGUGCUGAGCUGCUGUUGGUUGGUGGUGUGUUUGGAACGCUCCUCCGUUUUCUCCUGCUGUCCUCUGAUCUGCUAACUUCAUCUGAGAAGUACUUGACAACAAGGAAAGAGGUGUUUGUUGUGCGGGAAGAGAGGGAUGAGCAUGUGUUCUGCCAUUCUUCAACGCGGGGAACAGAAGACCCAUGAUAUUCUUCUUUGUGGUGAACGGUUACUCUCACGUGGACAAGAGUUUCAUUGAGGUCACGCUUCUUGAGUUUACGAUCAAUUAUUUUUGUUUGUGGAGUUAGGUCGACCAUGAUGCACUCAUCUGACCCUCUCCAGAGGAUGUUAGGUACUUCAGCCUCCACUCGCUUAUUGAAUCCAUCCAACGUGAAUACAAACCCCAGCGUAACUUGGUACCAGCGCUCAUCUCUCGGAGAGUUGAAAUUGGGAAAGAGCCACAGUUCUGAUUUGUAAAUUGGUGGCGAUUCAUCUUGGUUGCCAAUGGCUGUUGUCGACUGUCGCGGUACAGUAAAGUGGAGAUCGAUACUGCUACUUAUGCCUCCUCCGCCUAUCUGUGCACCGUCUAUGUCUGCAAAAACAUUAGCUACGAGUAACUGGCUGCAAGAGAAAAAAGAUCGUGCCACUUACAGGUGUCUUUGAAGCUCGUUGCAAGAAGAGUUCCUGGCGUCUGGGAGUCUUCGCCGGUCGAGUCAACGCUUUCCAACGUUGUCCGCGUAACUUUUCGCAGACGCUCCAUGUAAAUGUAUAUCGGCGAGCCCUCCUUCUGGGCAUCUUCACCAGGCUCUGGUUGACCAUUUGCUGUAACCUGGUGCAAGACUUGCGAAAAAGCAACUAAAACGACGGCGAGUCCUACGAGGCAGUUCAUGCUGAACUUUUUACACGAGAGCGAUGCUACAAACUUGCGGAACU